UGAAAUUGGUGUGGGAAGUAAUAAUGAGGUUGUGUCUUCAACACAUCGGAGUCCUGCUUGGAAUUUUUUUAAGCUCAAUACUGAAGGAUACCGAAAAGCAAUAUGCAAUACUUGCUCGAAAGUAUUAAAAUUACCAACAUCUACUACGUCACCUAUGUUAAAGCAUUUAUAUUCAACACAUCCUAUUUUAUAUCAGAAAUGUGUUGAAAUAGGAAAAAAGGGUAUAGUUGCAGAAGAAAGUAAGAGUACUAAAGAAUCGCCAAAACGUCAGAAACUCGGGCCACCUACUAAAGCAGAGCUAGAUCAACUAUGUAUGGAGAUGAUAGCAAUUGAUCUGAAACCUUUUUCUUGUGUAGAAGAUACAGGUUUUCGAAGAUUACUAAAAAGACUCGAUUCUACAUAUGAUCCGCCAUCAAGUACUACUUGCUCCCGUAGUCUCUGUCCUAAUUUAUACGAACAAAUCAAACAAAAAUUGAUGGACGAAUUGCAGAAUGAUAUAGCAUCUGGCUUAAUGAGUUUAUCUUUCACUACUGGAAGUCAAGAUCUGGGCAUCAUUACUUAUCAUUAACUGUACAUUACAUGACAAGUAAUUUCCAAUUGAAAAAUUUAAUGAUUGGCCUAACGCAACUUGAAGAUCGUCACACAGGAAAUUAUAUUAAAUUAAAACUUGAAGAAAUGAUGUUGGAGUGGAAUUUAUUAGAUGUUCCUAAUGUUCCAAUUUUCUUUACUACUGACAAUGGUGCUAACAUCUGUAAUGCUAUCCGUCAAAGUAGUUGGAAUCACAUCCAUUGUUUUGCGCAUACACUUCAACUGGUUAUAAAAGAUUGCCAAAAACACACCAAAGGAAUUGAGAAAUUAUUAAAAAAGGUAAAGUUUAUCGUACUAAUAAUUGAAAGCAUUGCAAACUUAAAAAUAAUUAUGAAACUCAAUUUGUUUAUGAUUGAAUCAAAUUUAAUCAGAAAUAUUCAAAAUAUAUUUUUAACACAAUUUUUUUUUCAGGCACGACAUAUAACAACACACUUCCACCAAUCUGAGCCGGCUCGACGAGACUUUGAGAAUGCUCAAAAGGUUUCAAGUGAUAAAACACCAUUAAAAUUAAUUCAAUCAGUACCAACUCGCUGGAAUUCGGAUUACGAUAUGCUCGAGCGCAUGAAAAAAUUGCAACAACCAUUAUCUGUUGCGCUUUCGCGAAGUGCAAGUGUAACUGGAUUGUCUGGCACUGACUGGAAGAGAAUCAGUGAUAUUAUUAACGUCUUAGAUCCUUUGAAUGAGGCCACUAAAAUUUCUUGUGGAUCAAAAUACCCGACGAUCUCUAUGAUUGAGUCAAUCAUUCAAGGGAUUAAAGAAGCUCUAGAAAAUCUAAAUUUCGAUCACGAGACAAACGUUGGUCUAAAUAACUUUAAUGAUGAAGGUAGUGAUUACGAUGAUAAUAAUAAUGAUGAGGACUUAGAAAUUUCAACGUGUGAAAACGAAUCUCAGAUGCCCAUGGGGUAUAACUUUUCAACCAAUAUAAUCCGUAGUUUAAAAAUUAGGUUUUGUGAGAUCGAACAAGAUACGUUAUAUCGUAAAUGCACAUUUCUUGAUCCUCGUUAUCGGGAUUACUUUUUAACUGAUGAAAAGAUGAAGGAUGACAUAAAAAAAGGAAUUAAGGAUGAGAUUAUCGCUUGCAAAUUUUCGAACAAUGUUUUUGAAAAUGAACAUGAAACUGUUGCUGAGCCUCCUGUAAUCAAACCCACCAAGUUUUGGGACUUCAUGAAACAGCGACAAACUAAUAGAGAAGAAACAGUAACUUUGCGUCUUGAGAAAGACAUUGAUCAAGAACUUAUUCAAUACAUGUAUUCGGAAAAUAUUGAUCCUUGGGAUGAUCCUAUUCAGUGGUGGAAAAAAGAAUCAAUUAAAUAUCCUUUGUUAUCUCUGAUGGCUCGACGUUAUUUGCCAAUUCCAUCUACGUCUGUUGAAAGUGAGCGGCUCUUUUCGACUGCUGGAGACAUUGUGACUGAAAAACGAAAUUCAUUAUCACCUGAUAAUGUUGCUCGGUUGUUAUUUUUGAAUAAAAAUUUAAAUCGUUAUGUUUAAUUGAAUAUUAUGAUUAAAUAGAGGAACGUUGUUCCAUUAAAACACGUGAACAAACGAACUUCUUAGAAAUAAGUAUUUAAUUAGAGACGUUUAUGAGUUUAUGAUUAAUUAUAUUGUUCAAAACGUUGUUAAUAAAUGUCUAAAUCAAUUUGAAUUAAAUAAUAGUUUUAUUUUCUUUAAUUUUGUUCUAUUACUGCAAUAGAAUAAUCUAUUUAAGAUUUUACUUCUUUAUUCGAU